GUUCAGUAUCACCGUAGACAGUAAAUUUUGUAAUUUUUAAAGGAAUAAUGAGAAUAUUUUGGAUUUCUACGAUUAUUUAUAUUGUGCAAAUUCUUACAAUAUGUCAGUCUUCAAUGGUUAUAACAAUAACGGAUGUAACUUUUUUUUGUGAUCCAGAGUUUUGUUCUGAUGAGUCCAAAGUUUAUCUGGUUAACAAAGACAUUAAGAAUGAAGUAUUUUCAAGUUUAACAUUGGUAAAAUCUUUACCAAAUUCGUCAAAGGCACAUAUAGAAGUACUUGUAGAGACUGAUGGUCAAUAUCAAAUACUUAAUAACAUCGAUCAAUGGAUGCCAAUGUGUGAUUUAAUUGACGAGCCUGUUUUGCUAGGGAAACUCUUUAGAAACAUGGGUUUUAAAGGAUGUCCUGUAGACCCCGGUGUUUAUUCAAAUCCGUCCUAUGUAGCAGUUCCAGUUUCAGAGUCAAAUUAUCCACCAGGAAAUUACAUGUCCAGACUCCAAGUAGAACAAGAAAAUAAUAAAUUAAUAUCUUCGCUUGAAACGAAAUUUAAAAUUGAAUAA